CACAUGCAUCAAAACGCCAUCGAAGCAGAAAUUCUAUGAAUCGCAAUUACAGAACUGUCCCUCAAUACUGACCUAUUUUUCUGGUCUGAGUUCUUCUUCGACUCGGAUACGAUUACGACUCUCCGCCCUCUCUUCUGGAAAAAAUUGAAUUUUCGUUUAAAUUUUAUUUACAUUUUUAAUUAUUUUCCCUAGAAAAGAGACCAUUUUUAUCUCUAAUUUUCCUUUUUUUUUUGUGGAUUCAAUUGAGAUUUCUAGGGUUUUAUUUAAUGUACGGCGAAGAUUUAAUGUCGUAUGAAUGGAGAUUGCCUAUAGCCUCUCCAUCGCUCUUCAAUCCCAUCAGCAGUUGAUCACUGCAAUUAUCAUCACCCUCCUUUCCCUCCUUGCCGUCCGUUCAUUCUUCAAGAGGCCCCACCACAAAUCAAACGUAACCGGUACCGCCACGUCAUCCGCUAAAAAGCAAGCCAGAGAAACCAGACCAUCUUCCUCCUGCAACCAUACUUCCAAUUCUGCGGCGCUCCUUAACGGAGGUGCUGCUGGGCCGGCGGAGGAGGAUAUGGUGAUGGCGGAUGUUUCGAAGGUUGUGGCAGAGAUGCAGAGCGGGGCGUCAAUGAUGGAACAGUUGGUCCCGGAGAUUACAACCCACGCGCUUAGUUACUUGGAUUAUCCAAGCCUUUGUCGGCUUUCCAUGACUAAUUCGCUUAUGAGAAAGGCAGCUAAUGAUGAUAAUGCCUGGAAAGCUCUUUAUCACAAGGAUUUUACUUUGGAGCAAGAUACAGUAACACCUGUUCAUGGGUGGAAGGCAUACUAUGCAGCUACAAGAGCCAUUAUGAAUGUUAAUACCGAAUUCUUUAACAUCAUCAAAGAUAGGUCUCUUUCAUCUAUGAGUCGUUUUUGGCUGAAUGCGGAUUAUGUAAAGUGCAUUCAUGCGUCAGGGGUUCUUUUUUCAGGGUAUAAUGCUGUAAUACAGAGUUGGCAGCAUGCAUUUAAUUGGGAGCAAGGGGUUGAUUUUCAGGUUAGAGAUGUUCGAGCUCGGGUAUUAACGAACAUGGCUUGGGUUACUAUGAAAACCUAUGUUGACAUGGAUAACGGGGCAUUUAACAUGACUAACAUCUUUGAGUUUCAUCAUGGACGGUGGUACCUUGUGGAUCAUCACAGCUCGGAGAUGCUGGCUGAUGGUGACAUCGGACAACAAAUUGUUCAUUGAUAUCCAAAGAUGAAAGAGUUAUUAAUACAAUGGAUAAUUUUAGUAGUAGUAAUAUAUUAGCAAAAGGCAAGAUGCCUGGAAGUUUCUCUGGGAUUUAUUUCAAAGAUCAUUCUUUUUCUUUUUCUUUUUUUUUUUUUUUUUGUGGUAAAUAGGUCCCUGUAACGUUUUAGUCUUGUUUUACUUUCUUAAGUAUCAUAAUUUUGGCUGUAUGUAUUUAUAUAUUCUUUUCAAUUCUUUUUUCA